AUGCUCUUGCAACUUGGUAACCCUGUUAUUACAGGUUUUUCCUAUGCAGGCCGUUCAGACAGUUACCAGAUGAGCACCUGGUCUUUAGGAGAGAAAUACAUCCAGGAAUACAAUGGCUGGUUCCUGGAGCAACAAACACAGUUCCUACUGGGAAGGGAUAACUUUAACAUGUUUCUAAAAUUCAUGGGUCACCUGUCCUAUCAGUGUGACAAGCUGUUGGGCGACAAAGAGUUAAUAACUUUCCUUCAGAGGGAGCACUACGACAUCACCAUCCUUGACGCUUUUAACCCCUGUUCCUUCAUCCUGGCACGCAAACUUGAUGUCGACUAUAUAGCUUUCUAUCCCGGCACAAUGAACGGUCCUCUGUCCAUCGCACUUCCUAGCCCAGUGUCCUACAUCCCAGUAUUCAGCUCCCAGCUGUCCGACCACAUGAACAUCUGGGGUCGUGCAAAGAACCUCUUUUAUUUUUUCCUGGCUCCCGUGGCCCAGGAACUUGUAUGGUCUACAUUUAAGGAAGUAGCUGAGCGCCACCUUGAGUCAGGCUCACCCCCUGGUGGUCUGGAGGAGUUACAUCAAGGAGCUGAACUCUGGGCCUUCAACACUGACUUUUCACUGGAGUUCCCUCAGCCUCUUAUGCCCUACACUGUGCUGGUGGGAGGUCUGCUGAAUAAACCUGCGACGCCUCCAGAGCAGGAUCUUGAGUUGUGGAUCACCAGUUUUGGAGAAGCAGGUUUCAUUGUCGUGACCCUGGGAUCAAUGGUCUCUUCGGUCUCUGUGGACCUUCUGUUAAUGGAGCUGGUGGCUGGCUUCUCCAGGAUCUCUCAGGGGGUGCUCUGGAGGUAUGACCCCAAGCGAUGGCCGUCUCACCUGGACAGACCUCCCAAUCUCAGGCUUGUGGACUGGCUACCUCUUAAUGACCUGCUGGGCCACAAAAAAGCACGUCUGUUCAUCACCCAUGGUGGACAAAACAGCCUGCUGCAGGCAGUGUACCAUGCUGUCCCUGUGCUGGCAAUCCCUCUGUUUGGAGACCAGUUUGAUAACGUGGUGAGGGCUGAAACAAAGGGACUUGGCCUCAGCAUCAAACCCACACACAUCACCAGGGAACUGCUCAGCUCCACUGUUCAAACACUCAUACAGGACAUCAGGUUCAAGUCUUCAGCUUUAUCCCUUAGCAGGAUCCACAAAUCCAAUCCUGUCCCUCCAGCCCUUCGAUUCACCCAGUGGGUGGAGCACAUCCUGCACAGUGGAGGUGGAACUCAUUUAAGGCCAGCUUCACUGGUGCAACCAUGGUACCAGAGAUACCUUUUGGACUUGGUGCUUCUUCUCUCCCUGGGGCUUCUUGUACCGGUCGUUCUCUGCUGGACUUUCUGUCGGAACAAGAACAGUAUGGAUAAACACAAAAAAAUACAAUAG